AUUACAUAAUUCUGACAGUUGACGUUGACUGCUCGUGCCAGUUCGAGUUCGUGGUGUUUUGGUUUGUGAUAGUGUGUUUUUUAUCAGUUUAAUUUCUAACUUGAAAUCAAUAAACUGUAUCGUAACAAUAAAACACACUACAAAUACCUAUAACUCCCUUCAAUAUUAGUUAUACCCAUAGAACUAGUGUAAUUUGUAGAAUAAGUCGUGUUUAAUAAAACCAUUUAUAAUAUUCAGUCAGAAUGAAUAUCCUUCCAAAGAAAAGAUGGCACGUAAGAACAAAAGAAAAUAUAGCACGAGUAAGGAAGGAUGAAGCCGAAGCUGCUGAAAAAGAGCGUCAGGAGAAAUUGAGAAUUGAACAAGCUGAUCGCGAGGCACGCCUUAGUGUACUGAAAUACAAAAGCAAACAAAAGUUACAAGAAUCAGGCGUAGUCCAAUCAAACUCAGAGUCUAUACAAGAAACAGCAAAUGAACACAUCAACUUGUUUGCUAAUUUAGAUGACGCUGUGAAAACUACAAAUAAGGAGCAUGACAAUGAAGUAAAAGAAAAAAAGGAAGAAUAUGAAAAAAAGAUUGGUUACUUAACAUAUCUUGGACAAGACACUAAUGAGGCUCUUGGUAAAAAGAAUUGGUAUGAAGUAGCUCCAGAAACGUCAAGAUACUCUAGAUCAAGUAAUAUUAAGGAUACCUAUGAUAAAUUAGUUUUGAAAGAUGCUGAUGGUAAACCUAAAAUAAAAGAACCAGAUGUUAAAGAUGGCGAGGUCAAUUAUAAGAGAAAACAAGAGCUUGACCCAAUGAAUGCAUUUAAACAUCUUCAUAAGUAUGAUAAAAUUAAAAAAGAUUCUAAACCACCUAAACAACAAAUUAAAAAAGAUAAUGAAAUACAUAAGAAAAAGAAACACAAAAAGGAUAGGAAAGAAGAUAAAGAAAUUAAAUUACAAAAGCUAAGAGAAGCUCGAUUGAAAAGAGAACAGCAGGAGAAAUACAGAACUGAGCUGUUUUUGAAAGGUCUUCACAAUACUAAUGAAACUAAAGAAGUUGAGAAAGAAACAAGAGUUAAACCUAAAUACAAUUCACAGUUCAACCCUGAACUGGCAAGGCAAAAUUAUAAAUAAAUCUUCUAGAGAGAGAAACAACAAACUUAAUAACAUAGUUGAAUAUAUUUAUUUUAUACUUUCGUUUAUAAUAAAUAUGAUUAGAAUAAACAAUAAACUUAUUUUA